AUGAAACCUCAAGACAUAAUUGCUUGGAGGACCAGCCUGUGGAUCUUCGGGUACGGGUCGCUGGUGUGGAAGCCUGACUUCAAGUACAUAAGGAGUAAGGUUGGUUACAUUCAAGGCUACAAGAGACGUUUCUGGCAAGGAGACAACUUCCAUCGGGGAAGUGACGAGUUGCCCGGAAGAGUGGUGACACUGAUUGAAGACGAUGAUGCAACUACUUGGGGCGUAGCAUUUGAGGUGUCAGGCUCAAAAGUGGAAGAGUCCCUCAAGUACCUCAAUGUCCGUGAGACGGUCUGUGGGGGCUACAUCACCAGGAUUGUGGAUUUCUAUCCUGAAGGAGAGGACAGGUCUCCUGUUCCAGCACUGGUGUACAUUGCCACCGCCGACAACCCUCUCUACCUGGGACCAGCCACUCCAGAGGAGAUCGGUGCCCAGAUUGCCGUGUGCAGAGGGAGGACAGGCCAUAACCUGGAGUACCUGCUCCGGCUGGCAGAGUUCAUGAGGAAGAGCUGCCCACAUGUGGAAGACCAUCACCUGUAUUCCAUUGAGAAAGCGGCUCUGGCUUUAGUUUGACCUUUUGACCAUUUGUUUCACUAUCUUUCAGUGGAUAUAUUAAUCAUUAAGAGGCUUUUAUCUUUAUUUUAAAUCUCUACUGAUGAUGCACUUUAUGGACUGGCUUACAAGC